UUAUCAGAACUUCGGAAAUAGCAUUGGUUUUGGCAGAUGUCAAAGAAAGUUGAUCUACGAAACACUAGACUGAUUUUGGCUGCAUCUCUAAGAAGAAGGUGAAGUCAAAAGAGCUUCGUACGACUGAAAAUCGCCGUGAAAAUUAGUCUGCUGAAUGGUAACAAUAGUGCUGUGCAUGAACACCAAGCGGGAGACUGAGGGAAGAUACGAUUUUGUUUGAGGGUCCGGAGUUGCUUUACAAGAGGGAUUGGCGUGAGCUUCUAAUGGCGAAUCAGUUACUAUUUUUGCUGUUCCUUUUUGGAGCAAUCUUUUGUGGGCAAUCCAAGUUCAUAGUGUAUAACACCUCACAGAGCGUAGUUCCCGGUAAGCUAAACGUUCAUCUGGUUCCUCACACCCACGACGACGUUGGUUGGUUGAAGACCGUUGAUCAGUACUAUGUUGGCUCUAAUAAUUCGAUUCAGGGAGCUUGUGUUCAGAAUGUAUUAGAUUCCUUAGUUCCUUCGCUGUUGGCUGACAAGAAUCGGAAAUUUAUCUACGUUGAGAUAGCUUUUUUUCAGCGAUGGUGGAGGGACCAGAGUGAAGCUAUUAAGCAUGAAGUUAAGCAACUUGUCAGCUCGGGUCAAUUAGAGUUCAUAAAUGGUGGCAUGUGUAUGCAUGAUGAGGCAGCAACACAUUACAUAGAUAUGAUUGAUCAGACAACAAUGGGACAUCGGUUCCUGAAAGAGGAGUUUGGCGUGACUCCUAGAAUUGGUUGGCAAAUUGAUCCUUUUGGACAUUCUGCUGUGCAGGCUUACUUAUUGGGAUCUGAAGUUGGCUUUGACUCUCUUUUCUUUGGUCGAAUAGAUUAUCAAGAUAGAGCUAAGCGCAAAAAUGAAAAGAGUCUUGAGAUUGUCUGGCAGGGAAGUAAGAGCCUUGGCUCGUCUGCCCAGAUCUUCGCUGGUGCUUUCCCUGAGAAUUAUGAACCACCUGCUGGAUUUUAUUUUGAAGUUAAUGAUGAUUCACCAAUUGUUCAAGAUAACAUUGAUCUAUUUGAUUACAAUGUCCAAGAUCGAGUAAAUGACUUUGUUGCUGCUGCUGUAUCACAGGCAAACAUAACUCGAACAAAUCAUGUAAUGUGGACUAUGGGAACUGAUUUUAAGUAUCAAUAUGCGCACUCAUGGUUCAGGCAGUUGGACAAACUUAUUCACUAUGUCAACAAGGAUGGACGUGUCAACGCCCUCUACUCUACACCAUCUGUAUAUACUGAUGCAAAAUAUGCUGCAAAAGAGUCAUGGCCAUUCAAGACUGAUGAUUUCUUCCCCUAUGCAGAUCGAGUAAAUGCUUACUGGACAGGAUACUUUACCAGUAGGCCAGCCUUCAAAUACUACGUCAGAUUAAUGAGCGGCUACUAUUUGGCUGCGAGACAGCUAGAACAUUUUAAGGGGAGGAUGAAUUCAGGGCCAAAUACUGAUUCAUUGGCUGAUGCUUUAGCGAUUGCUCAGCACCAUGAUGGAGUCUCUGGCACCGAAAAGCAGCAUGUGGCCAAUGAUUAUUCUAAAAGAUUAUCAAUUGGCUACAAAGAGGCAGAGCAAUUGGCUGCAUCAUCACUUGCUUGCCUGGUUGAGUCUGUGUCAUUUCCAGGAUGUCAGAACCCAGUUACUAAGUUUCAACAGUGUCCGCUCAUGAAUAUAAGUUAUUGUCCUCCAUCAGAGGUUGAUCUGAUUCAAGGGAAAAAUUUGGUUAUUGUGGUUUACAACUCUCUUGGCUGGUGGAGGCAUGAAGUGGUUCGAAUUCCUGUCACAAAUGAAGAUGUUAUAGUUUAUGAUUCUGAGGGUAAAGAAAUAGUUUCGCAACUUCUACCUCAGGCUGAGGUCUAUGCGUCCUUAAGAAACUACCAUGUCAUGGCAUAUCUGGGAGAAACUCCAGCCAAGGCACCCAAGUAUUGGCUUGCGUUUACAGUAUCUGUACCACCUCUUGGUUUUAGCACAUACAGAGUCUCAGCUGCUAAAAGGACAGCUGCAGGUUCCGCCAGAUCAUCUGUGUAUGCAUAUCGGACUAGUGAAACAUCCAAAAUUGAAGUUGGUCAAGGGAAUUUGAGGCUUGCAUUUCCUGCAAAUCAAGAAAAAUUUACCAACUAUGUUAAUACCAGGAGCUCGGUUGAUGAACAGAUUGAACAGAGGUAUUUGUACUACUCAGGAUAUAAUGGAACUAAUGAUGAAGUGCCGCAGAAUUCUGGUGCCUAUAUAUUCCGUCCAAAUAGCACAUAUCUCCUAAAUCAUGAAAGACAGGUUCCGUUGACUGUUAUGCGUGGACCCUUACUAGAUGAAGUACAUCAACAAAUAAAUCCAUGGAUAUAUCAGAUUACCAGACUGCACAAGGAAAAAGAGCACGUUGAAGUAGAGUUUAUUGUUGGGCCCAUACCUAUUGAUGAUGGAAUUGGUAAAGAAGUUGUCACUAGGAUUUCAACCUCAAUGGAAACCAACAAAACAUUCUACACAGAUUCUAAUGGGCGUGAUUUUAUCAAAAGGAUACGUGAUUACAGAUCAGACUGGGACCUGGAAGUGAACCAACCUAUUGCUGGAAACUAUUAUCCUAUUAAUCUUGGGAUAUAUGUAAAAGAUAACAAGACAGAAUUUUCAGUUUUGGUGGAUCGAUCUGUAGGAGGAUCCAGCUUAGCUGAUGGAGAAAUAGAGCUAAUGGUUCACAGGAGAUUGCUACUCGAUGAUUCAAGAGGUGUUAAGGAGGCUUUAAAUGAAACAGUCUGUGUUGUUGAUGAUUGCAGAGGCCUAAUAAUCCAAGGAAAAGUAUACUUUAGAAUAGAUCCCUUGGGUGAGGGUGCCAAGUGGCGUCGUACAUUUGGCCAGGAAAUAUAUUCUCCGCUUCUCUUGGCCUUCUCUGAACAGGAUGGAGAUGACUGGGUCAAUUCCCAUAUUCUUACUUAUUCAGGAAUUGAUUCUAAUUACAGAUUGCCGGACAACGUUGCAAUUAUCACCUUACAGGAACUAGACGGGGGAAAAGUUCUCCUUCGGUUAGCACAUUUAUACGAGAUUGACGAAGACAAGGAUCUCUCUGCAACGGCGAGUGUAGAGCUGAAAAAGCUGUUCCCAAGGAAAAAGAUCAAAGAGGUGAAAGAGAUGAGUUUAUCUGCGAAUCAAGAAAGGACAGAGAUGGAGAAAAAAAGACUCAAGUGGAAAGUAGAGGGCUAUUCUGGGGACGAACGUGUUCUUAGGGGAGGGCCUGUUGAUCCUAAAGAGCUAUCUGUGGAGCUUGCCCCAAUGGAAAUUCGCACCUUUAUGGUUUACUUUGAAUAUGAAUCCGAGAUAAAAAGCAUUUGAUGCCUAGUAGGAUAAAUCUUCCUAUGGAAGAAGUGCUUGUUUCUAAAUAAACAUGAACUUUGUCAGAAGCUUAUGUUGAGUAGUCAUAAUAUAAAUAUACGUUGAAGCUUCAAAAUUCAAAUCCUUCACUGUUUUCCUGUUC